AUGUGCAACAGGCUGCCUCCACAAGCUCUUGGAGCGAAGACAUACCAACGUAGAAAGCUCUGCCAGAAUUAUAGGUGCUCAAGCGAGAACGCAGUCGAGGAGGAGGUGGCGGUCGCGCUGCCAGACGAGGAGGCAGCGGAGGAAUCCAUCGCCACCUUGGGUGGCGGCGGAAGCAGCACCGCCAAAUUCCUGCAUCUCCCGGUACAUUUCCAGCGACCGGUCGGGAUGCCCGGGCCGCGUAUUUAUUGUAAGCGACGCUGGGGAAUAGCGACGUGGAAGGAUUCUCGUUCAGAUUUUUCACCUGUUAAGGACCUUCCAUUACCUUAUUUAGAUCCAACAGCUAAAGGGGACAAUUUGAAAUUUGGCAUAAGUUUUGCGUCAGGAGGACCUGGACUAUUAAAUUCUACAUCAGAGUUACAAAAUGUUGCAAAAGUUAAUCUUCAAAUAUCUUGGUUUAGAGAAUAUAAGGAUAAGCUUAAAAUAGUUUUGGGCACUGAACAAAAAGCAACCCAAUUUCUUAAUGAUGCUCUUUAUUUUAUUGGAGAGGGAUCAAAUGAUUAUGCUUUCAAGUCAUUAAAUCUAGCAGAAAUCCAGCUAUCCAAGGAACUACCUGGAUCCCAAUUCAUAUACCUUGAUAACUAUGCUAUUUUCAUGGAUAUUAUUCAAAAUAAAUUCAAAUAUGGAUUUCAAGUAAUAAACCGAGGUUGCUGUGGAACUGGACUUAUAGAAUUUGGCCAGCUUUGCAACCCACUUGUUGGUGCAUGUGACGAUGGUUCAUUAUAUGUCUAUUUUGAUGCAGCCCAUGGAAGCCUUGCAACAUAUAAUAUAACUGCAACAAAACUUAGAGCUCAGCUUGAAUCUGAAUUUGGAGUUAUGUUUUAACUCAACGCUGUAAGU